AUGUCAGACGAAUACACAAAGAUAAAUGUAAACAUUGGCGGCUGCAAAAAUUGUGUGUCCUGUCUUCAUCACUUACUUGAAAAGUAUGCUGAUAUAAAGGAAUAUAUAAUUAGUUCUGAGGAGAAUCUCAUAUCAAUACAUCCAGUUUAUGUAAAACGAGUGACCAGCCUUUUAAAAUUUGUUGGAUUGGAUAUUAAAGAUGUCGAUAAUCAUUUAUCAGUUUACAGUAAGGACAGUAAAGCCGAGUCAAACGAUGACAUCUACUUCUUACCGGAGUUAAAUGAUAACUCACAAAUCAAUUCUAUGGCAUCUAAACGCAAACGACUAGACGGUCAUCAUAUUAUGAAACGAAACGACCAUUGCAUUAUCGCCUCCAAAUUAGUAGCAAUACUUCCGCAUGAAGUUGAAUGUUGUCGACCACAUUUAGUACCAGGUUGGUGUGUUGCAGUUCAUUCUGAACAUCAUCUAAGUAAAAUAAAUCAAUAUUUACAAUCAUUUGUUCCACUCCCUGGGGAGCUCAGUCAUAUUAAACGAAUAGACAGUUGCCGAUCCUAUGAAAAUAAAUCAACUUAUGUUUUUUUGCAGAUAGCCAAAUCAAGCUAUACAUGGCUAGAUGCCAAUGAAACUUUAAACUCUAUGGUCGACUUACUACAAUUGAAUUCAUCCGAUCAUCAGUUUAUUAGCACAUCCCCAACACCCUGCUGGAUACCACUUCAUGCACCAAUAACUCGCAAGCAUCAGCUCCUCUACUCAUUUUCAAAUGAAUCACAAGAGAAGAGAUUUUCAUCGUUCAAAAAUUCACUUAAUGAACCAAUUAUUUUAGGUUGGCCAUCCACUUUACGAGCCUGUCCCGAGCUUGAGGAACUAGUGAAUGUUGGACGAAGCUUGUCGUUAUCAUGUUUCUCAGAAUUAGAGCUAAAAAAGCAUUCAUUAUGGCUCAAACGUGUUUCUACCUUGUCAAAACAAGCGCAAGAACUAAGUGAUAUACACCCACAAUCAUGUGCAGGCGUUGAUGGUCCGGCUUGUGCAGUCAUCAUAGUUGAUCCAGAAUCGAAUAUUGCAUUAGCAGAAUCAACUACACCUACGAUAACAUCAGAUAUAUCGUGGUUAGAUCAUGCAGCAUUACUUGCUGUAUCAGCUGUUGCUAAAUUAAAACAGAAUACAGGAAAUCAGUACUCUGAUUCUUACUUGUGUACAGGUUUUGAUGCAUACUUUUCACUUGAACCAUGUCUGAUGUGUGGUAUGGCUCUGCUUCAUAAUCGCAUUCGGCGAGUUUUCUGCUGCCAAAAGCUUGCGGGCGACGGCGCAUUCAGUAAUGCAAGCCGUCUUCACGUGCAGGAACAAUUAAAUCACCGUUUCCGAGUAUUUAGUCCGCCGUAA